CUCAGGGAGCAGCAGCAUCUCUUCGUCUCUUCAUCUUUUCUCCUUUUUCCUUUUGCAUUUACGGCUCAUAAUUAACAUCAUAAUUUAUUCAAGCAGGAGACGCGGGAAAAUUCUGUGCUGGACCGUUAAUGACGGUUAGUGACGGGCACGCGCCAAACUCGCGCUCGGACUUGAAUCAUGUGGAAACGCCGCUGAAUGAACCGAUUAACGGAUCGAGGAACCCCCGAGUCCCGCCGGACUGAUCGAGCUGAUCGGAUGGAUUGAUCAGGAGUCGAUCGGAGCUGCAGGAUGAGUGUCCGAGAUCUUCUUCUGCUUCUCUCUCAGACUCUUCUUCUUCUUCUGCUUCUCCUGAGAUCUUCAGCUCACUCCACAGAGCUUCACAUUGUUGAGGUGCGGACGGGCACCUGUGAGGUUGUGUCUUUACACCGCUGCUGCAACAAGAACAAGAUCGAGGAGCGUUCGCAGACCGUCAAGUGCUCCUGCUUCCCGGGACAGGUGGCAGGAACAACCAGAGCCGCUCCAUCCUGUGUUGAUGCUGCUAUCGUCCAGCAGAAGUGGUGGUGUCAGAUGCAGCCAUGUCUGGAUGGUGAAGAGUGUAAAGUUCUGCCGGAUCUGAAAGGAUGGAGCUGCGCCACCGGAAACAAGAUCAAGACCACCAAGAUCUCCUCAGACCGAGAUCAGCUGUGGUGACGGAUGGAGACUGGAGACCGACCGACGCGCACAGAGGCUCCAGCGUCUCGUCUGGUCUCUCCUCCUGGAGCAGAACAUCAGGGAGAACAGUGGAGCGCACACACACACACACACUGAAUAUGUUGAUGUCUCCUCGUAUCAGAGCAGCAGAUGUUGAUGUGUGUGUAAAGCAGUGCGUUCGCUCUUAAUAAA